GGACUCUGUCGUAGACCAGCCCGUCUUGACAGCACAUUUUGCUUCCUGGAGCGCGUUUGGUUAUCCAUUAUUAUUAUCAUUAUAAAAGCCGAUUUUUUAAGCAAAAGGGAUCAUCUACCGCAACGAUGGUGAUUGCUUUCGUGACAAAGACACUGAAAAACCAUCCAGCACUAAUCCCGCUUUUGGUUUUCAUCAGUGGAGGAACAAUUAUGUCUGGGACAUACCUUGCUCGACUUGCCCUGCGCAACCCUGAUGUCUCAUGGGAUCGAAAGAACAACCCAGAGCCUUGGAACAACAUUGCUCCCAACGAGCAAUACAAACUCUUUGCAGUCAACAUGGACUACUCCAAGCUGAAGAAGGAUAGGCCUGACUUCUAGUCUUUCUCACCGCUUUCUUGCUAACACUGACAUUGUAUUUCAGUUUAAGGGGUCAACACACUUUCAUCAGAUUCCCGAGUAAAUGUGAAGCGUUUUGAAUAAGACAUGCACUUCACUUUUAGUCAUACUGUAGGUUCAUUUCCAGUUCAGGGAGGAAAAGAAUCGAAGCCAUGUAAGGCCUUAAGAAUGUAAUAAUGGGAUUAACAUCUGCAUGGGUGUUUAUAAUAUUAAAACAUGCAACCACUAGAAGAUACAUUUUGUGUUAUGUAUUGUAAAUUAUAUGACAAUAAAAAAAAAAAAUCAU